CUCGCACGAGGAAUUGAAGUAUGGUGGCCGGAGGAGGGAGAUCGACGGAAGGAGGCGACGGCGGCACGAGCAGACUGGUCGAGGUGGGAAUGAGAAAGGAGAUGACGACCGGGCCCACAUCCAGCUAAAUAUCUGGGCUUUACUCUGGCGGACCGUCCGCCGAUCCCUAGCGGACCGUCUGCGGUUUUUCUUGGGUGUUACAAGAUAUCACUAGGGUAACAUUGCAGGUGAUGCUAGGUGUACAAAGCCUUUGAUAAAAAAAAAAGAUGUACAAAGCCAUAAAAAAAGGAUAUGGUCCGCUGCUGUGCUGGCGGGCGAUCUAUAAUUGCCAUUUGGUUGGUUUUCCGGUGGGAGGCAGCCGCUCGCAUUACGCCUGCGUUUUCAGCAGCAUGUUGCGCACGGAAGGAGCUAGAUGGAUCACGCAUUUAGGCUUUGGCGCGAGGCGGCCCCACACCAUUUCCCCCCACUUCCCCGAUCAGCCGAUCUGCUCCUGCAUCCAUUUGCCGUCUUCCUCUCACCUACUAGGCUACUACUACCCGAAUACCCGAUAAAGCAAGCCAUCGGCCACUCCUCCAACCGGGCAGGCCAUCCUUUUUCCGCGUGCCUUCGAAUCAGGGGCAGGGGCAGCCGCGUCGCUUCCAUGCCACUGCCACCUGGGUGGGCUCGGUGCUGGGGCACAUCACACAUGGCGUCCGCGUAGGCAGGGGGGCCGGGGGACAGGAGAGGGUCGUCUCGGAGUUCAGUGGCUAUCCGCGAACUGUUCGAGAGCUGAGUUGGGAGGAGGACUGCAGCCGCAGGCAGCAUGAAGGCGCUCAUUCUCGUCGGAGGCUUCGGCACCCGCCUGCGGCCGCUGACGCUCAGUGUGCCCAAGCCGCUCGUCGACUUCGGCAACAAGCCCAUGAUCCUGCAUCAGAUCGAAGCUCUGAAGGAAGUUGGGGUCACAGAGGUCGUCCUGGCCAUCAAUUACCAGCCUGAGGUGAUGCUCAACUUUCUCAAGGACUUCGAGAGCAAGCUUGGCAUCAAGAUCACCUGCUCCCAGGAGACGGAGCCCCUGGGCACCGCGGGCCCUCUGGCCCUGGCCCGCGACAAGCUCGCCGACGGCUCCGGCGACCCUUUCUUCGUGCUCAACAGCGACGUGAUCAGCGAGUACCCGUUCGCGGAGCUCAUCCAGUUCCACAAGGCCCACGGCGGCGAGGCGACGAUCAUGGUCACCAAGGUGGACGAGCCGUCCAAGUACGGCGUGGUGGUCAUGGAGGAGGGCACCGGCAAGGUGGAGCGCUUCGUGGAGAAGCCCAAGGUGUUCGUGGGCAACAAGAUCAACGCCGGCAUCUACCUGCUCAACCCGUCGGUCCUCGACCGCAUCGAGCUGAAGCCGACGUCCAUCGAGAAGGAGGUGUUCCCGCGCAUCGCGGCGGACGCCGGGCUCUUCGCCAUGGUGCUGCCGGGUUUCUGGAUGGACAUCGGGCAGCCGCGCGACUACAUCACCGGCCUGCGCCUGUACCUCGACUCCCUGCGGAAGAAGGCGCCCGCGCGGCUGGCGUCGGGCGCGCACGUCCUGGGCAACGUGCUGGUGCACGAGACGGCGGUGAUCGGGGAGGGGUGCCUGAUCGGGCCCGACGUGGCCGUCGGCCCCGGGUGCGUGGUGGAGGCCGGGGUGCGGCUGUCCCGGUGCACGGUGAUGCGCGGCGCUCGCGUGAAGCAGCACGCCUGCGUCGCCAGCAGCAUCAUCGGCUGGCACUCCACCGUCGGCAGGUGGGCGCGCGUGGAGAACAUGACCAUCCUCGGCGAGGACGUGCACGUCUGCGACGAGAUCUACAGCAACGGCGGCGUCGUGCUCCCGCACAAGGAGAUCAAGUCCAGCAUCCUCAAGCCUGAGAUCGUUAUGUGACGGUUGUCCCGUGCAUCCGAUCGCGUGCGCUUCAUAUGUUUGUUGUUUCAUUUGUUGCUCGGUUGUCUAUCUGCAAGUGUAACGAGUUGUCCCCCUGUCUGCCUCUCCCAACUAGUGUCUACCGAGCUAUAUAUGGUUAAUUUCUCUACGUGGUUGUAGAUAGGUAUCAGAUUGAAUGGAAAGAAGAACAAAAGUUUUCUUUGUGUCAUAAGUUAGCAUCCUCA